ACGAAUACUUCCGCUGCCAACAUGGCGUUCACGUUGUACAGUUUGAUAGAGGCUGUGAUUUUAUGUUUAAAUGCAGUGUGUGUUUUACACGAGGAACGAUUUCUUGCCAAAGUUGGAUGGGGUGCUGACCAGCGAGGAUUUGGAGAGGAGCCUGGAAUGAAGACACAAAUGCUCAACCUUAUUAGAUCAAUUAGAACUGUUAUGAGGAUACCUUUAAUAGGAAUCAACGUAGCUGUGAUAUUACUAAAGCUUGUGUUUGGAUAACAGAAGAAUGUUACAUUGGUGACGUGUGACUAUUGGUUUGCACAUAUCCAGCAAGUACUGGAUGAGAAUGUUCAUCAGUGUGCCUUUACGGAAAUCAUGUCAUCUUUCAUAUGACUGUGAUGACAAAUAAAAUUAUCCCUUUUCUUUUUGUGAUUUUAGGUGAAUCCAUUAGAAAGUAAAGAUAGUAUUAUCUUGAUCAUGUUGAUGAAUGCCUUUUCUGAAAAACAGAAAUGCUGAAGAAACACUGCAAGGAUAAAAUAAAGAAAUGUUGGGUUAGAAUGCAAAUAGACUGGCAAGAAGAAUUGAUCAGUACUGGAGAAAAAUAAUCGAGCCAUAUAGGAUAGUGCUUUUUCUUUGUUAUGCAGCUUUCCUAUAUUGAUUUAAUAUGCCAUUUUCAUCAACAUUAUUAUUUCAACAUGUCAAAGAUGUAUUGUUUUCAUUGAAAGGAAACUAGUGGCAUCAUUUUAAAAUUCAGAAAGUUAUGUUCUCUUUUGUGCCAAGUAAAAGGGUUCAGUUUGUUCAUUGCUGAGAUUUGAAAAUAAGUAUCUCUUGCAAAGUAAUGGCAAGUUCCAUUUCAUGUAAAAAAUCCAAGCAUAUUCUGAAACUCUUUAAUUUCACAGAAAAAUGUACUAAUUGUUCAGAAAAUACUGAAUGCAAUAUAUGGUUCAAGAUACAUUGGAAGAAAUACCUGGGCAAAUAUAGUUAUUCCUCCAUGCUUGUAAUACUGACAUGAGGUGAACAUAUAAGUAAAUGUUGGAUUGUGAAGCAUGUCAGGACAGUGAUUGAUGUGCUGUAAAUACAAAGAUGUGGGCCCAAUAUGUGAACUGCAUGAUGUGUAAAUGUAAAUGUUUUGAUGACGAAAUUUUCAAAACUAAGGAGACUGUAUGGAUGUUCAUUUCACGGCUGAUUUCAUGUCAGUUUCCAUCGUGUCUCCUCAUUUUGUAGUUAUUCUCUAGAAAGAAUGUUCAUCUGCUGCAGAAUUAGAUGUAAACCUUGUUAAAAGUUUCAUUUGGAAAAAUUCAGCUGAUCCACUGCAGAUUUUGUAGAAAAGCAGGUGCUACAGUGAUGUUGGGUUUUUCAAGUGCAUGUUUUUCAUCCAGUCAGGAAACAUCACCAUAUCAAAUAUGUCCAUUAAUUAAAAGUAAACUAUGUAAACACAUUUAUAUGUAAAAGUUUCUUCAGAUUUGUAAUAAGGUAUUAUGAUAUAUUCAUUUCAUUGAAUUUGGUUAUUUUAUAUUGUACAGUGCACUUUGUCAUUGUAAUAUACAUUCUUCCUUGUCAGCUGUAACAUAUAUAUGUGUUGUGUGCUUUAUUUGUACCAUUUUGAAAACAGAAUCUAUGCUGAGCAUACCAGAACUUGCAGCAUGUUCCAACAAGAUUCAGGAUAAUUAAGUUUCCAAGGGUAGAGCAUCGAGUCAUUUCAAUUUUAUUUAUUCCUUCAAAAUGACAGGUGUACCUGUGAUGUUUUCAGUUACAGAUUUGGAGCCCAACGUUCAUCCCUCUGGAUGCACUGUGGGUUCUAACAUUAUCUGUCAUUCAGAGAUUGUUAUACAUAUAGUCUCUUUAUUGUUUGGGUGUUGGGGUGGGUGGCCCAUCAGCUAAUGUGUUUGCUCAUCAUGCCAAAGAUCGGGGUUCGACUCCACCCAUGGGAACAAAGCGUGAACCCAAUUUCUCCAGUUCCCUGUCAUGAUGAUACUGAAAUAUGGCGAAAAACAGCAUGAAACCAUACUCUUUGUCACUUGUAUUUACCAUGUUUACCUACUGUUUAUAAUACCAGCGAGUCAAACCCCUAUAAACUCCCUGGUAAUAGGCAUGUGGAAAUAAACAAUGUAUAAAUUA